CGAGCUCCUCCUCCUUUGACCCCGCAGACCUGGCUCCAUCGGCCCUUGGCUUGACCUGCACCCUGCAUCCUGCUCACAGUGUCGGCCUGUGGCUCUUCACACUCCUGUCCGCCGUUGCAUAGCCGGGCUGCUCUUGCCCCUCUCUUUCCCCCGCAGCAAUGUCUGAUGUCUUCAACUUCAGGCAGAAAAUGCGGGAUAGGUCUCACUCGGACCGAAACCUGAAUAGCGGGUCCCCGGUUGUCUCGCCCUCAGCCUCGUCACCGACCGGCCCUCGCAUACUGGCCCGCAAUGCCGACGGGUACUUCACCCCGAGCUCGCACAACGGCAACACCAUCUCGCCGGCAGACUCCUACGACUCGCAAGACUAUUCCACCGACGUUCCUCCGGCUCGGGGUGCCUCGCAUGCCGCUCGAGUGCCCCAACGGCGUCCCCCAUCGCCCAGCCACCUUGACGACGAGCAGCCCCCUCCGAGAACAGCGGCGUCGACCCGGCAUGGUCUGGCCUUGCGGCGAGACCCCUCGUCCACGGAUGUAUCGGUCUUGUCCUCGUCCCCUGACGGUGGCUAUCAUCGAACGGCCAGAGACCGAGUCGUUGCUGAAGCCCCACCCAGGCGGGUCAUGUCUCCGGCGCUCCCACAUGUCGACGGCGAUGCCUCCAAGUACGUUUCUCCAAGCAUGUCGUCGUCCCUGAGCCGAGAAGGCCAUCGCAGCCGCGGCUCGGCUGCCCCAGACGACACCCCCGCUACUUCCCGCCGACGACGUUCUCCGUCGAGAGCACGAGAUCGGGGAGACCGGGGAGAUCGAGGCGCCCGAGGAGCAGCACCCCCCGACGGAUUCGACGAACCACCACUCCCAGCCUCCGGCAUUCCACCCAGAGCGAAGGUGCCGCCGCGAGCCGAACCAAGCCGCAACUCUGCCAACAUGUCGAUGGAGGACAUGCUCAAGGACCUUGAGAGCAUGACAUCGCAUCGCAAGCCUUCCAUCGCUCCGGACUCGGCUGCAGGUCUUGACACACCCUCGGCACAUCCUGCCCGGCCACAACGAGGUUUCCGCGGACACGACAAUGGCGAUUGGGACACUCUCUCUCAUCGCAAACCCUCGAUUGCACCGGACUCGGCGGCCGAUAUUCCCGCAGCCGCUCCGUCGCCGUAUAUGGCAUCCCGAAGGGCCAUGCGAGACCCUGCCCCUGAGCGCCCUGAGCGGGCAGGGAACCUCGAUGCCCUGCUGAGCGAGAAUCUCAACGAGAUGGACGAACUCGAGAAGAUGGCCCAGAGUCUCGAUCUCCUGCGAAGAAACCCGAACGGUGCUCCUUCUGCGGCUGCUAAGAAGCUCGGAGAUGACCCUGACAAGAGCUCCGGCACCCUGCCAUCUCGCUCCCGGCCAGAGCGCAGACGAGGCGGCGGAAGCGGUGACAGCCAUGAAAACCGAGACUGGCCUUCUGACAGCUCCGUGCUGGCUCAGGAAAAGCUCGACCGAGUCAAGCAAGAAAAGGAGCGGCUGGAGCGUGGGCGUCGAGAACGAGAGUCCCUCAUGGACCCUACUGAACGUGAACUGGCUGACCGUGCUCGCGGACGCAAGGACCCCGACCGCGGCAAGUAUUCCAAUGCCGCUGGAUCGCCUGCCAUCUCGGCCGCCUCCCUGCCUCCACGAGAGCCCGAGCGCAAAGUUGGUGGCUCUGUGUCCCGGACGUCGCCCGAGAACGGCCUUGAUGAGGAAUCUACCGAGCCAGCAGUUGUACCCGAGAGCAAGCUCGUCCUUGGAGUCUCACGCAAGAGAACUGUUCACAGAGACAAGAGCCAAGAUGCUCUCCCUGCGCCUGUCGAAGAUUCCGCCGAGCCUGAGCGCCCGCCUGUGCGGAAUCAUGCAUUUGACUCUGACCGAGCCCAGAAGAUCGCCCGUGCUCGUAGCCUCAAGCGGAAUGCCACCAUGACGACUGAAAACGAGUCCCGCGAACCUGGCUCUGGCUCCGUUGUCGAUCGCGAACGGGAGCACGAACAUGAACGGGAACGGGAACGGGAACGUGAACGUGAACGUGAACGCGAACGUGAACGAGAGCUGGAACUGGAGCGCGAAAAGGAACGAGAAGAACGCCAGCGAGCACUCGAGCUCGAAAAGGAACAGGAGAGGGAGCGCGAAAGAGAACGGGAACGCCAGCUGGAAACGGAACGCGAGCUCGAACGUGAGCGCGAAGCCAAUCGUCUUCGAGAAGCAGAGCGUGAACGCGACCGCGAUCGGGAUCGGGACGGACCCCGAUCUCGUGGAACCGUAGGUCGCCAAGGAACCCGGCGAGAGAGAGUGCCACGCAACGAGCGCGCCGAACUCGAGGCAGCCGAAAAGGCUGCUGAGAAGGAGCGGCAGGAGCAGGAGAUGGAGCGUCAGCGAAUAGUCUCGGAGCGAGAACGCGAUCGCAACAACGAAAAUGCUCGAAUCGACCGCGAACGACGUGAGCGUCAACAGCUCGAAGAAGAAGAGCGACUGCACCAGCGAAGCUUGGAGCUGGAGCAGUCCCAGCCCAUCGACGAGUCUUUGGUUACCCCUGAGUAUGUCCGUGCCGUGAUCACCACCCUGAAGAAGGACCCGGUCGCCACCGCUAAUCCUGAAGACUUUUUGAACACCGAAGGCUUCGAGAGCUGGGGGGAGCAGGUUGGAAAGGGAUUCCAAUAUGUCUUGGUCGAGCUGUUGAAGGCAAAGUACCUGACCAAAGAUACUCCACCGGCCGAGAAACCCAACCCGGCAGUCUCCCAGGCGAUUGCGAUCAAGAUUGUCGAAGCAGAGGGACUGCUGUCAAAGGAUCCGUCCAAACCACGCGAAGCCUUUUGCCAAAUCGAAUUUGGAAGCAUCCCCGACGAUGUUGCCCUCGAGAACGAAACAAAAAAGCAGCGCAAAGAGCGCGAGCUCACCAACGAAAUCUACAAGACGGACGUGUCACCUCCCACGAACUCUCCGAUCUGGCAGCAGCACCUGAAGCUGCAGGCGAAAAACCUGACGGAUGUGAUUGAAAUCACGGUCAUGGACAGCCGCAAGGAAGAGUUCCUGGGCAAAGUGCGGCUGAACGUCAUCGAGAUCAUCAAGAGCUGCACACGUGACGGCUACAUCAGCCGCUGGUACCGCCUUGAGCCUCGCGGUGGAAAGAAAGGCAAGAGUGACAAGUUUGUCGGAGGUGAAAUUCUGAUCGACUUUGAUUUGCCGGGCCAUGAUCGAGCGGCCCCCGUGAACACCGAACCCGCAAACACCGCAUCCUUCCUGCAAUCGCAGCUGCUGUCGUGCCGCGUGAAUCUUCGCUCGCUCUACAAGACGCUCCUGCGCUGCUGUCUUGUGCUGGACAUGAACGUGAUCACGUCGUCGAAUGUCAUGGACGAAACUAUAUCCAUGCUCCUGUCGCCCGAGUCAGAGACUCUCCUGAAGGCCUUUGGGCGAACAUGGGCAGUAGGCAACUGCUUCCAGGUCAUUGCCUACCUCGAGCUGCUCUUUGACAAGUACAAGAGCUACGAGGUGCCCACCAACGCGCUACUGGCGGCCCAUGAAACGCUGUACGAAAGUAUGAAGGCCCCCGGAUGGAUUGGCAGCACGGACCGUCCGAUCAUGGUCGAUCUACUCGACCAGAUGAACGACUACUACCGGUCGCACAUUGUCAAGUACAAGGAGUUCUUCCCAAAGAACCAACCCCGCGGCGGCCUUGAAACCACCAUCCUCAUGCUUCGCAUGAUCCACAAGAACACGCUCUUCCGCAACAACCACCCAGAACUCCAGGAAAGCUUCAGAGAGGAGAUCAAGAUCAUCAUGACCGAAGCCGUCGAGAUGCGUUUCAUGAAGCUUGAGGAGCUCUGCUCGCCCUUUGACGAGACAGACAUCAUUGGCGUCAUAGAGGGUCUUCAGAAACUGGCCGACCACCUGACCGAGGAGCUCGAGGCGGACAUCCGAUACUUUGCCCCAGCGUUUGAUCGCGAACUGGACAUUGUCAAGAUCAAUGCGGAAACCUAUCUCCAGAGCUUUAGCAAAACGCUCGAGUGUAAUCAGGAACUGAUUGGCUCGGCCGAGGCAGCCUCCUCGGCAGCAAAGCAUCUCUUUAGCCUCUACCGAAGCGUCAAGGACAUGGAGGAAAACUACUCGCAGAUGGCGCCAUCGUGGGGCACAUCGGAUAUCCGGGCGGAGCAGCGGUUCGCUCCGUUCGUGACCCAGUGGCUCGAGCAUUUGUCAUCCGAGACGAUGAACUGGGUGAAAAAUGCCAUCUCGGCUGACUCGUUUGAGCCCGAAGCCGAACGGCCAGAGGAUGCACCGCCCCAUUCAAGCUCGAUCACGGACCUGUUCACGGUGAUCCACUCCGAACUUGAGAUUCUGGCCAACCUCAAGUGGGCAAACGAUGUCCAGAACGCCGGCUUUUACCAAGCUUUCGCCAAGACGGUCUCCAAGGCAAUUGAAUUCUAUUGCGAAGCCACGGUCGAGGGCGAGAUCAAGAGCGAAGAAGAUAAAUCCUGGCAGAGCGUAACCCAGCGGCUGAUCCAGCAAAAAAAGACCGGCCCCGCCGAUAUCGCCAUGCAGUCCUGUGUAAAGCUGUCCAAUAUUGAGUUCGCACGGGAAAAGCUUGAUGAUUUGUCGGACCGCAUGAAUGUCCGCGGACUGACAAAGACCACCAAGAACUACAGAGCAACGCUGGCACCGAUGAAGCUUCGGUCUCCGAUCAAUCAGGAACCCCUCGAGGAGAUGAUCCACGGCAUGCUCAAGCUGCAGAUUGUGUACGCCGAGAACCUCAAGCCGAUCAACAAGAACGGAUUCGCAAACCCCUUCUGCAUUAUCCGCGUCCCCGAAGGCACCGUGGUUCCUCCGCCCAGCGAGGAUGACCCCACGGCCAUCAGCAACAAAGUGAAUGCCGGGCAUGUCAUUGUCAUCCCUGGACACGAGAUGCUCCCGGCAACGACUGUGAACAAGCCAGCCGAAAAGUCCGGGCCCGUCGUCUUGACCGGCGCCAGUGCUGAGCUAGCGCGAUCCAGAACCAUAAACGACACGCUCAAUCCGACCUGGGACGAAACCUUCCAAGUCAUCCUGCCGCCCGUCAACAAGCUCGAGGUCCAGGUGAACAGCAAGAAUCUGCUGACCUUUGCCGAUGUUGUAGGCAAGGCUGCAAUCGACCUCUCCAAGUCCACCCGCCUGAGGCGGAAGAUGGCUGACCACCAAACACACGAAGUUUAUGUGGAGAUGGAGCCCCAGGGCCGUGUGUUGCUCCGCCUGGCCUUGGAAGGCGAGGAUGAAGACGUCGAGUUCUGGUUCAAAAGAAGCGUGGAGCGUCUGGGACGAUCCAACGACGAUCUGAUCCGAGCUCUGACGGCGAGGAUCUCGCCAUAUGUCCGCGAGUUGAUUUCCAAGGCCAUCAAGGACCACGAAGCGGUGGCGAUUCCCCAGAAGGGCUUCUUCACGGCUCUGACGGCUGCAACACAGUAUUCGCGCGAGACAGCCACAGGCGUCUCGAUUGAUCUUCCAGUGAGCGUACGCGAAGUGGACGCUGCUCUGAUCCCGCUCACAGACUAUCUGGACAAGAAUCUGAAGACACUUUGCGAGCACCUGUCAACGAUCAAAGCCCCCGAGGUCAUCAAGAAGACCUGGGACGACACCCUGCAGAUACUGGAGUCGAUCAUGAUUCCGCCACUCUUUGGCCAGAUCGAGAAGGAGCGUCGGGUCCUCAACAAGCGCCAGAUAUCGAUGGCCGGAUGGGUGCUCAAGACCCUCCGAGACUUUUUCCACGCCGAAGGCGGAGGUCUCGCCAAGAGGGUGCUGGAGACUCGCAAAUUCCUCGAGGUAACCAGUCUCAUCAACGCCUAUCACGAAGAUCUUUCUCGCCUGCGCCGCGAUUACGAGAGCGGCGUCCAGGCCGGGAAGGAGAAGGAGUUCCUGUUGCGGUUGGCUCGAUUCCGAUACGAAAAGCAGGACGACCUUCCGGCGACGGAGCGAGACGAGGGCCGAAAGUGGGUCGAGCUGCAGCUCGUUAUCCGCAAGGAGCGCCGCAACCAGUAGCGCAGACGACGACCCACUGCAGGCGACCGUCAGCGACGGCACCCCGGAGGACAGCAGAGAUGUGUGCAUAUCGCUUGAAGCUUCGAGGAUGCAUCUCUGGAAAAUUGGCCUGGAGCCGAAGCAGCGGGUCGGAUGCGUGCAUGUGCUUGGAUAUUGUGAGAGAAUGCAGCCGCCAAGCCCGGGCAAGCGGUCGUGGAGCAAGUUCUGAAAAUGAAGGCAGCCAAAGUCGUGAGCACCAGAGCCUUUUGAAUUAUCGAGUCAUUACAGGCAAUCCAAUAAAAAACGGGACACCCGGGAUUUUGACCAUUCA